CAACUUAUUCUACUUAUCCCUCCAGGCGGUACGAAUCUAAAGGAUGGAUUUAAUUCACGUGUUCGACGCCCUGGCAACAAUGAUAAUCCCAUGGUCAAUUUCAAAUUUGACGUAGAAAAGAUCGUUGCAGCGUUAUGA